AUGUCUCCCCCCACCCACGAUCGCAUCGUCUCAAUUGUCAUUGUCAAGUCUAACCGUCGUUUUGAUUUGCGUCUACAGGGUGCCUUCGCUUUCGAGCUCUCCUUCGACACUGCCUCCAACAAGGUCUGGGACAGCUGGAACGCCGGCCGCCAAUGGAAGGACAUCAAGCCCCGCUACCUCGUCAAGGAUGAGGAGGAGGACGAUGAUUAA